CGGGGUUCUUCACGGCGCACACUCCAUUGGAAGUACCGCUGAAGCGUAUAUUGAGACGGGCACGUUCAAGUAGCAACGAAGCGAAAAUUCGAAACAACUUACAUCAUGUCUGACUGGGAUGCUUCCUCCGAUGAGGAGACCUCCAAGAAGGUCACUGCGCCGUCGGCAGUGACAAUGGGACGCCGUCGGUUCGACGAUGAGGAGGAUGAGGUCAAGGACGACUGGGAGGAAGAAGACGAAAAGCCACAGGAGCCGGCACCUCUAGCUCCCGCGAAAAAGAAGGGGACGCUGAAACAGAAAUUGGCGGAAAAAGAGGCUGCGGAGAAGCGGAGGCAGGAGCUUGGUCUGGAGUCCGAUGAUGAGAAUCAGGAGGACGAAGAAGACCCGGCAGAGAAGAGGCGGCUAGAGAGGGAAGCCCAGCUGAAGGCGGACAUGGACAACGCCGCCAACCUUCUCGGGCAAAAUCGAAUCUCCUCGUCGGACGACCCUACGCUAAACAAGCUACUAAACGCCAAACCCGUAUCCAAAGAAGACUGGGAUUCCUUUUCAACACAGCUGUUUGAGCAGCUCAUCAAGCCGCAAACGUCGCGCACGGGGUUCGACAAGCACUUUGCGCCACACCUGAUCACGCUCCUUAGCGCGGGCAUGCGCGACACAGACAUGCGCCUCGCCAGCGCCAAGCUCAAGGAUCUUGCAGAGAAGAAGGCCAAGGCUGAGAAGGAGGCUAAGAAAGCGGGUGGACAGGUCAAAAAGCCCAAACCAAAGAACAACAGCACCGCCAGCGCUAAGGACAAGAUUGAUACCGCCAAUUACGCAGAUGCCGUCGAGGAGGACCUAGACUUCAUGUAGAUUCUCUGCAGAUGGUGCGCAUCGCAUAGCAUGUGGGAUAGAGUGCUCAGAUGUGUUGUGAGCAGGUUCUUUUUGCACAUGUAGUACACACGAUGAUAC